UGUGGCGGUCACAAGGGGUUGUGGUCAUCCGCUAUUUAAGAUCAUUUGACAGAUUUGGAGUUGCUGAUCUAGCCUUAUCUUCUGCAAAUUUGUUAGUGAACGUGCGUCAAAAUGAAGUUCAAGUUUAAAGAGGAGAAUACGGAUGAGCAAAGAAAAGCGGAGGCUUCAAAAAUACGAACAAAAUAUCCCGAAAGAAUUCCCGUGAUCGUGGAGAAGGUGCCAAAGUCCCAGAUCCAGGACAUUGACAAGCGAAAGUUUCUUGUCCCACACGAUAUCUCCGUGGCCCAGUUUAUGUGGAUCAUUAGGAAGAGAAUUCAGUUACCCUCAGAGAAGGCCAUUUUUUUGUUUGUUGGCAAAGUCCUACCACAAUCCAGUGCCAGCAUGGGCCAAGUGUACGAGGAACACAAAGAUGAUGAUGGGUUUUUAUACAUUGCUUACAGUGGGGAGAACACAUUUGGCCAUUGAUGCAUACGUGUGAUUGUUAUGCAUGGGAAAGAUCUCGGUGUUGGGGUG